AUGGCUGACAACAUGACCGCUACCACCGUGCCCCCGCCGGUUGCGCCCGCAGCACCCGCAGUAGACGCGGGCGGAAUGCUGAACCUACUUUGUGCCUUAUCAAAUGUCACAUAUUGCGAAGAAGGGAGCAACAUUUUUGAACCGGAAAAUACUUUCAGUAACGAAACGGGCUGUGCAGAAAUCGAAGAUGACUUAUGUCUAAUAGACAGACAAGAGUUGGAAGUAUUGGCAAAAGAAGAAUUAAAAAAAAAAAUAAGAGCAAGUUUGAAUGGUCGAGUUCUGAAAGUAGCGACACUACAAAAUUAUCCUUUAAAUUGGGCUGUGAAAGAAAACGACACGUGGGUGGGGAAAGGCGUAGCUUUUAUAUUUUUAGAUUUUUUAGCAGAAAAAUUUAAUUUUACGUACGAGGUAUCACUACCUGAAGAGAACAGAGUCGGCAUCGGGAACGAUAAAAGUAUUGUGCAAAUGCUUAUAGAUAACAAAACGGAGUUAGCAGCAGCCUUCCUGCCAGUUCUUUCACAAAAUUCCGGAAAAAUUAGAUAUUCAACAGCACUAGAUGAAGGAGAAUGGAUGAUGUUGAUGAGAAGACCUCAAGCUUCUGCUACUGGGUCUGGACUUUUAGCCCCUUUUGACAGGGAUGUCUGGCUUCUCAUCCUAGUUUCCCUGAUAGCAGUAGGCCCGAUUUUUUAUGGCCUGAUAUUAAUCCGGCAUCGUAUCAGUUCGGAUCAUCAAACAAAACCUUAUCCCCUUCCCCACUGUGUAUGGUUCGUUUACGGGGCAUUGAUGAAGCAAGGAUCUACGUUGUCUCCUGCAGCAGAUUCCACAAGAUUACUAUUCGCUACUUGGUGGAUAUUCAUAACGAUAUUAACAUCAUUCUACACGGCUAAUCUGACUGCAUUUUUGACCCUCAGUAAAUUUACUUUGCCCAUCAAUGAGCCUAAAGAUUUAUUAGUGAAGAAUUACAAAUGGACUGCGAGACAGGGUAGCGCGGUGGAAUAUGUCGUUAAAAACCCUGACGAAGAACUGAACUACCUUGCUCCUAUGAUCGGAAAGCGGGCACAACUCAAUGAUCCCUCCAACGAUACAGCAUUUCUAAAUAUGAUAGAAAGUGAAAAUUACGUACUGGUACGAGAUCGUCCAGCUGUGGAUUUACUGAUGUACAAUGACUACCGAGCCAGAAGUGACGUGGAUGAAUCCAGGAGAUGCACAUUCGUGGUGACGCCGACUAAGUUCAUGACCAAGGGAAGAGCUUUUGCGUAUCCUAUGAAUAGUCGGCUAAGGGAACUGUUCGACCCUUUAUUAUUAGCUCUGGUGGAAUCUGGAAUAGUUAAACAUCAAACACAAGCAGAUCUGCCAAAUACUGCAAUAUGCCCACUGGAUUUAGGAAGCACGGAAAGACAACUACGAAAUGGAGAUCUGAUGAUGACGUACAUGGUGGUUGUUGUUGGUUUUGCCACUGCUCUGAUCUUCUUCAUUGGAGAGAUUACGUAUAGAUAUUUCAAAUUCGGCAGUAAAAUGAGGCGUGGUCACACACCAGGCGACAGAAUGCGCCACAAGAACCAACACCAGUCGCAAAAGAUUCAAAAUGUAUUGCAUCAUCACCAAAAUUUACUUAACAAUAAUACUCAUGGAGCCCAAUUUGAAUACAACAACGUCUAUGCUAAUGUGAACGAUUAUGCUCCAAAUUCAGUCAACAUACCCAGCAAGAAAAGACCUUGGGGAGGACGCUCAGACUCCGAUCAUUACAUAACACCGCCACCAGCCUACGGAUCGCUAUUCAAACAAUCAUUAGCAGGAUCUAACAACUUAGGCAACAUAGCACCUAAACAUCAACAUCAACAUCAUCAGCAGAACAUCAAUGGAAGAGAUUAUUACGUAGUGAAAACAGUUCAAGGAGAUACAAGGUUGAUACCAGUUAGGCAACCAUCUGCACUCUUAUUUCAGUAUACCAAUUAG